AUGAAUGUAGUGUUUUUCGAAGCGGUUGUUUGUGAAAUUUGGAGGUUAUUGAAGGAGAAAUGUCCCAGCUGUGAAGACAAUCAUCCGAGUCAUAGGAGACACAACUGUAUUAUGUUGUCAGAUGAGGAGGGAUGGUUAUUGCAUGGUUUGGAGGAAGUGGAGCAUGUGAUUGAGAAUGGAAUUUUGAGGAAACAGUUUCUUGAAGCUAUUCGAGUGAUGAAAUUGGAAUAUUACGGGCGUGCGAAGGAACAUCAUUAUGUGAACUUGACGAAAGAUCAUAAAGUAACACUUGAUUUUUUGGGGAAUUUGAGAGGAAGUUUUUCUGAUUAUCAACCCAUUUUGAACUACCUGAUGUAUUGGAGCAAGGAACAUUGUGCAUAA